GGUUUGAUGAACCGGAUCAUGGCGGCGGCCUGCGGACGGACGGUUACCCGGCUCCAGGUCCAGGUCUGGUUCGGACUGGUCCUGCUGGCCCGGCUCCAUGUGGCCCAGGAAGCUGACCAGGACGGCGGGUCCAGGUGGGUCCAGAUCCGGGACCCGGGUACCGGAGGUCUGUGGAGGCUCGUCCAACGGCAGGAAACAAAGGUUGUGUUGACGUCUCCAACAGUGGGACCAGUUCAGACCUGUGACGAUGGCUGCCCCAAAGCAUCAUGGGAUUCAACCUCUGAACCGGUUUAUUGUGAUCAGGCUGGAGGACAGAGCUUGACCCUGGAUACAUGUUUACCCACACCAGCACCAAGUCCACCAAAUCCACGUAACCCAACAGCCCUAGAGGAAGAUCCUUUUUGGGGCAACAUGGAGAUUCCUGAGGGAACAUAUGAUCCAGAAGCUGAAUCAGUGACACCCACCCCAUCUGAACCCCCUACAAUGGAUACUCAGAGUACCUCUAGCCAUAUGUUAUGGGGUUUUUUUGAAAUCCCCACUGAAGAUUAUACUGGAGAUGAAGAUACACAAUUUACAACUGAGACCACCACAGCAUACAGGGGGACUACCUCAACCCCUUCGAGGAGGACGACCGCCGCCUCAACCCCUCCCACCUGGACCAUUCCCAAGACCACAGCAGCAGCUGGGACCCUCCCAGGACCACGGCAGCCUCUGCCGCCACCACCACCACCCAGGCCCCUCCAAGGACCACGGUGGCUGCUACCACCACCCAGGCCCCUCCAAGGACCACGGUGGCUGCUACCACCACCCAGGCCCUCCAAGGACCACGGUGGCUGCUACCACCACCCAGGCCCCUCCAAGGACCACGGUGGCUGCUACCACCACCCCGGCCCCUCCAAGGACCACGGCCACCACUGCCGAUGCCACCCGGACCCCUCCAAAGACCACAACCACCACGGCCGCCCCCACCACCCAGGCCCCUCCAAGGAUCAUGGCCGCUGCCACCUGGGCCCCUCCAAGGACCACAGCUGCCUCCAAGGACCAUAG